AUGUCAGUAGAAAUUUCUGCGCUUUUUCCUGUGAAUCCUAAAUUGAAAUGUCUUUUUGAAAACAAUUGUGAAAUGGAUGUCGAGAUGAGAAGUGAUUGUAGAAAAUGCAGACUUGAAAAGUGUUUCGCUAUCGGAAUGAGAAAAGAAGUGCUGUUGACUGACGAGGAAAAAGAAGAGAAAAAACGAAAAAUGAAGAAAAAUAAACAAUUGUUCGCGGUUAAAAACAAUACAAAUAAAGUAAAUGGUAAAAUAUAUACAUCGACCGACUCUUCAUCCACACCAUCAAUGGUUGUGAGCAGCGAAGAGACGUCUAUUUUAUUUGAGUUUUUAGAUAAUAAUAACAUCAAUAAAGAGACACUGGAUUUGCAAAUAAGAGAAUUGGAGGACAUAUUAUCGGUUGAGAGCAACUCUUCAGAGGUAACUGCAUUGUCGACAAAUUGUGAUACAAUUCCCGCACAUAUUAUAUGCCAUACUCUUAAUGAGUCGGAAGGCAUGAAAUUCAAUGAACUAAUGGCCGCCACUUAUGAUCAACUAUUUGAGACAAUUCCUAUCAUUACGAGCGAAGUGUCGGAUGUGUGGGAAGGCAUCAAAAUGAUGACAAUUCGUUGUGAGACAGCAGUCAAAGAGCAGAUAAAACGCUUCAACAAUUUCACGGCUUUUGGCAAUAUGUGUGAAAACGAUCGGAUUUUACUGGCAAAAGGCUCUGCCACUCAGUUGGCGUUUCGCUUCGAUUCCGUCAUUUCGAUUACCAUUAAAAUGUACGGCAAUUGUAUUGUUUAAUACAAAUCACCCAAACAUUACCCAUAAGAAAAAUGUUAAAUUUCAGCAAAAAGUUUACGUGCAUUUACUUCAACGAUAUUUACUAAUGAAAUACCAAUCGGAAAGUGUGGCCAAAGAAAGAUUUGCUAAAUUAAUAAAUGAUAUUAAAAAUAUGAGACAUUUAGCACAAGAAUGUAUCAAAUAUAUCUUGAAUAUAAGUCCGCCGGAUAUCAGUCCUCUUCUCAAUGAGAUUUGUGACAGAGAUUGUCCUCAAAAUGCCUG